GGAAAAAUUACAGCAGCCAUGAUGAGGAGCAAUUCCGAAUGGAAAUUUGGAAGGAAAACUGGAAGAAAAUACAAGAGCACAACAAACAAGCUGAUGAAGGAAAGAAAAGUUACUGGAUGGCAACCAAUCACGUCUCAGACAUGACCUCAGAGGAAAGUUUAUCCCAUUGCUGCAUGCCCCUGAGGGAGCAAUUUGGACAGUAUACUGUCAAAAAUGAAACUAAAAAUGAGUCACCUCUUCUACAGCAUGUUGACUGGAGACAAAAUGGAUGUGUAACUGCAGCAAAGAACCAGAACACACCAAACAUCUGCAGUUCUUGCUGGAUUUUCAGUGCGGUUGGAGCCAUUGAGUCUCAUAUCUGCAUCAAAACUGGUCACCUAAACAGUCUAAGUGAACAACAAAUCAUGGAUUGUGGAAGAUUUGCCUACCCGUGUUUAAGAGACUACCCAGAAAAUGCUUUACGUUAUAUCCAGAGAGCUCGUGGUUUAGUGAAAGAUAAGGAUUAUCCAUACAAAGCAACAUUGAGUCAUACAGCUAAAAUUUAUACUGAAUCUCUUCUAGAAGAAGCUAAGAUAAGUUUAUCUCUACUGAUAACCUAUAAUAUUUUAGAGAAGUCACUUAAAAAGAUUAACUAA